UGUUGCAGUGUAAAGUCAUCUGAGCCAUUUAAUUGACGUCUGGCUGGCACACAAACAAUCACAGUGCCACUCUGACAGACUCCUGCUGAAGAGCUGUCAUUACUUUGUGAGCCUGCUUUUGGCUUCUCAGUGUUCACUGCGAGGAUUACGAGUAGUUUACUGUGACUUUUUACAGCAUAAACACAGUGAAGAAGAUCUACAGGAUCCUCAAUGGAGUGUCUCCAGCUCUGUGUCCUCUGCUGAGCGACCCUUGAGGCUCUUUUAAGAUUUUUAUUACAGAGUUUUCUGUAAAUCUGUUUCUACUGUCAGGUAAGGGGCUUUUAUUGCUUCCUAUAGUCACAUGUAACACAUUUAAAUUCAUAAAAAUCUUCUUUUAGCUUUAACGAAGUAAACUUACAGUAGCCAAUGAGCCUUUUAACAGGCUAAAUAGUAGCCUUUUCACACUUUGCAUGACAUUAACAUUGGGCUUUCCAUCAUCUGUAAAAAUAUAUACAUUUUAAGCAAAGUAAAUAUAUAUUGCUAUAAACAAAUAUGAUUUAACAAGUCAUUUCAAGACUAAGAAACACUGUGCAGCCAGUACAGAGGUAUGAUCUCAUUUGUUGGCUGGACGAGGAUCCGUCUCCAAUUGUUUAAUCUUGAUGCAGCUUUGGGCACAUGAUGAAACCUUCUCAUGACCCCUGAAAGGCUGCUGAUCUCAUACAUCAGAGGCAUGAAUAAAGUUCAUAUCCACCCGUUUAAUCCACAUCUGCUCUUUUUCUAGGAAUAAAUGAUCACCUCAGCUAGACGAGUCUCUGCAGAUAAACCUGAAGUACAAAUCUCUUUCAGCCUCGACGAAACCUCGGAGUUGAAAGAUGCAGAGGAUCCCCUUCCAUCAUUCCCUGACCUUGAACAACGCCUGCAGCCCGUGCUGCCGUUUCAGUCUCUAAAGGAGUCCAUUGAAGUGUACAAAAACCACUGCAAGAUUGCCAACGAGUUCAACCAGGUCAAACAUGAAAUCGCCAGGCUGGAAGAUAGGAAGAGAGAGCUCAUGGCAGAGCUGCUAGAGGAUGAAAGGGUGUCAAUGGAGUUUGCACGACUUGAGGAGGAAUACAGGAUACUUACAGAAGAGAACCAAAGUCUGAUAACAGUCCAUAGCCAACGCGCACAGCAGCUAGAGAUGCUCCGA